GCCAACGUAACGUUUCACCGUAACAUCACGAUGCACGGCUCCUCUCUCACAAUGAAUGCGAGGGUGUGAAUCGGAAACGCGAUCCACAAGAAUGUUUCGACGAUAUCGUGAAAAUGCCGGAAAGAAAAGUGCGGAUUAUCCUAUCACCGGAUUUUUGUUUUAAGUUCGAGUUUGUUUCCGGUCCUCGGUGUACUGGAGCUGCUGGUGAUGAUUGUAACUCUCGAGCGAUGAAUUUAAAGAACAGAGGCCGAUGUCGAUGAUCCAGUGAUAAUUUCGAGUGACAUGUACCUCGUUAUGUGUCAGGCCGUGGUGGCCCAUCGCAUUCUUUCCUUGCUUCUAAUUUCUUGUCUCGUCCUCAUAGGGAAUUGUUCUGAAGACGAAGAGCGAUUAGUACGAGACCUUUUCAGGGGUUACAACAAGCUGAUUCGACCAGUUCAGAAUAUGACUGAAAAGGUGGAUGUCAGAUUUGGCCUAGCCUUUGUUCAACUCAUCAAUGUCAACGAAAAAAAUCAAAUUAUGAAAUCAAAUGUCUGGUUGCGAUUGGUAUGGAACGAUUACCAGCUACAGUGGGAUGAGGCUGACUAUGGAGGAAUUGCAGUACUCAGGUUACCGCCUGACAAAGUCUGGAAACCAGAUAUAGUUUUAUUUAAUAAUGCUGAUGGAAACUACGAAGUUAGAUAUAAAUCAAACGUAUUAAUUUAUCCUAAUGGUGAAGUUUUAUGGGUUCCGCCAGCAAUUUACCAGAGUUCUUGUACUAUAGACGUUACAUAUUUUCCUUUUGAUCAACAAACGUGCAUCAUGAAAUUUGGUUCAUGGACGUUCAACGGCGAUCAGGUAUCGCUAGCGUUAUACAAUAAUAAAAAUUUCGUGGACUUAUCCGAUUACUGGAAGUCAGGAACGUGGGAUAUUAUUGAAGUGCCAGCCUACCUCAACAUAUACGAAGGAAACCACCCAACCGAAACAGACAUUACAUUUUACAUAAUAAUACGCAGGAAAACGUUGUUCUAUACUGUGAAUUUAAUACUUCCGACCGUGCUAAUUUCGUUUCUCUGUGUGCUGGUCUUCUACUUGCCAGCUGAAGCAGGAGAAAAGGUUACACUGGGUAUCAGUAUUUUACUGUCACUGGUUGUAUUUCUGUUGCUGGUGUCCAAAAUACUGCCACCAACUUCUCUUGUAUUACCACUAAUAGCAAAAUACCUCCUUUUUACUUUUAUAAUGAAUACAGUCAGUAUUUUAGUAACAGUUGUAAUAAUAAAUUGGAAUUUUAGAGGUCCUCGAACACAUAGGAUGCCUUCAUGGAUUAGAUCUGUGUUCCUAAAUUACCUCCCAGCGAUGCUACUUAUGAAACGACCUCGCAAAACUAGAUUGCGUUGGAUGAUGGAGAUGCCUGGAAUGGGUGUACCACCGCAUCCAUAUGGGUCACCCUCAGAUAUUCCAAAAAAUAUAAGCUCCAUCGAGUCGCAAAGCAAGGUGGAAGUUAUGGAAUUAUCCGAUCUACACCACCAUCCGAAUUGCAAAAUCAACAGAAAACCCAACGCAUCCGAUUUGGGGGUCGGUGUAGGCGGUGAUAGCUGUAGAAGGGAGAGCGAAAGUUCUGAUUCCAUUCUACUGUCUCCAGAAGCAUCGAAAGCAACGGAAGCUGUAGAAUUCAUAGCAGAACAUUUACGCAACGAAGAUCUAUAUAUACAGACGCGGGAAGACUGGAAGUAUGUGGCAAUGGUGAUCGACAGACUUCAAUUGUACAUGUUUUUCAUUGUUACCACAGCGGGAACUGUAGGUAUACUAAUGGAUGCACCUCAUAUCUUCGAGUACGUCGAUCAAGAUAGAAUAAUAGAAAUAUAUCGAGGCAAAUAAAGAAAUAUCUUCGCGUUGAAAAAAAAAAUAAAAAAAUAUCCUCUUGGCUUCCACGUAAAGGCCUACGAAGCUGAUAUAAAGUGACUGACACAUGUGGUUUGUGUAAGUGAAACAAAUAUAUAAGUUACGGCACUGGCGACUUCAUAGUAUCUCGGUGGUUAUGAAUGUGACGAAAAGACAAAAAAUAAAUAAAUAAUUUGCGAAAAUCAAAAGGUAUGUUAAGCAGCCAUUAGAUUUAUUAUACAACAAUGUAGGAUCUAUAUGCGUUACCUACUAUCAGUUUCAUUUUUGAAAAUCAAAAGUUAAAAAGACCAAGCAAUACGAUAUUAAAUCUAAAAACUCGUCGCUUAGUGACAAUAACGAAGAAUAUCGAUACUUUUCUAAAUUUUUACAAACUAUUAAUUAGAUUGUCGCAAAAUAAAUUGCUAGAGGGUCAGUCCAUGUCAAAUAUUUUACACAAAUUGUAGUGUCGACUAUCUUGUAUCACUUAGGGUCAUUUGCACUGCCAGUCGAUAAGAUAUAAGCGAAGAUUAAAAUGACAUUUUUAUUAGGAAUAUGUCAUUUUAAGCUUCACUUAUUUUUUAACGACUAGCGGUGCAAAUGAACCUUAAAGGCUUUAAUUUUAAUUCUGGAACUUGCCUGUUGAAGCAGAGAAAACAUUUUUAAUGAUAAAAAUCUAUGGUUUCAUGUAAAAAUUUUAACUACCAGAUUCAUCGUCCCUGCUAAACUUUUUACUGUUAUUUCUACCAAUAUGCGGGAAAAUUGUUUUUAUAUGUACAACACAAAAACAAAAAGUUGCAAAAAACAGAGACAUUACUAUAUGGUGCCAUAUGACAUGGGCUGGCCCUUAACUAUAUUUUUAAACCAUCAACAGUUUGCACAACAUCAGCUCACAUCCUCAUCAAAUCGGUUUAGCAUAAGUUUUUUAUACAUGGAUCAAAUAAUACAAAACGUAGGCAAUUGAUGCAUUUUUACCAUUUUCUCAUAUUCGUAACGAUAGAGAUGUUAUGAAGGGCCCGGACCGAGCCAGAACUGUGUUUUAUAAACACUCGUAUCGUUCGCGGGUGUUGAUAUAUAGAUUGAUUUUAAAUAAUUGUUGAAUUAGAAUCGUCGAGUGACAAUCGAUUGUAUCCGUGUGUGAACGGAAAACUCUGUACUGCAAAAGACGAUAUCGUACAUCGUCGAUACAAUAAAUGCGUCUAGAUUUCAAUACCACUAAAUAGAAUUGCUGUAAGACGUGUCUACAAUUUUGUCCAAAAGUUAACAUUAGUGCCAAAAGAAAACUCUAUUAAUACACUAACGUCGUUAGAACGGUAGAUUAAAAAUACAAAAAUAAUGCCGAAUAAUCCUUUUUCAAGUUAAAUUUGUCAGCUCAUCAUUUGAACCAAUCUCUAUAAAAAACCUUCUGUUUAUCCCAGGGCUCUUCUCUAGUGUCAUAGAGACUCAACAAUACUAUAAAAUUCAUAGAACAUCUUCUAAACUAGAUGAAUCUAGUGUGGCUCAUGUCUAACUUACAGACCACCGUACAAGCCACAGCUUUUGAUGAAGGCCAUGGUUGAAUUGGGUGAGACCAGUUUAAAAUCGGUAGAGUCCAGUCGGGUAAAUCCAAAAAUCAGGAACCUAGUUUUUUCCAAAGCGGAGCAGAGCUAUUCUUCUAAUAUGGUUACCUAGACGACAAUAUUUUAUCAUCAGUUCUGUGAGAAUGCGUAGAUCUGUCCUACUCCAUCCAUGGAUCUGAGCAGACGCGUUCAUGGAAGGGUUGGGAGUAAAUGACUUAGAAUGAGUUAGCACUGGGUUAUCUCUCCAGUUAGUGAGUGUUACACCCUCGGAACCCAGAUCAAAGUUAUUUUGUUCAAAUCAGCUUUGAGUCAACUCGAUUAGAGCUCAGGGCCUUUAUCUUUAGUUCUUUAUAGGUCUUGUUAGUGAGAAGAAAAUUAAUCAACUAUCUCGCUCCCAAUUCUAUAGAAAGAUCGUGGCCACAUAGCCCAGGUUUAUUGAUAUGUAAACUCUUGGGUUCUGGCCCAAAAGCUUCCGCUCCUACCCUUUUUCAGUUUUGGAGCCGUUCGUGACAACGCAUACUCCACCUAGGGGGUUAUCCCCUUGCAUCCAUACGUCUCUCUCUGGAAUGAGGACGCUGUAUGACUUUUCUAUGUGAUAUCGGGGAACUAACGAGUCUGAAACCAUGCCGAGGAUGCGAUGGUUAUUAAUUUCACUCAUCAGUUUUGUACUUGAAGAUUGUUAUGGGACUGUUUAGAAGCCUCACAGAGUCUGUAUAGCCCAGAGCUCUUGUCUAGUGUCAUAAAGAGACUCAGAAAUGCUGGAAUAACUCACCAGGACCAUCUUCUAAACCAGAACAUACAUUUUUAGACAUAUGCAUCCCAUUCUUUCUUCUAUUUCUCUCCAUCUUGAGCUAUUUCCAUCAAUCUUAAUCCAGCUUGUCUUCUUAUUUAUCUUGUGUUCCGACGUUUCUGUUUUAUAAUUAUUUUAUUCCCCCUGUCUGACUUGACGUUCCAUUUUUAUCGGUUCAGUAUUUUCUCUCAGUUUGAUAGUUGUUAUUCCUUUCUUAUUUUAUAAGUUGGAAAUUAAAUAUGUGUAUUAUUCUGGUGGUAUAUAUUUUUAACUAUUAAAAUGUGUGCCUAUGGGAAACAAACCAGGCUUUUAUCUAUAACUGGAACGUUUCAUUUCAGUCUAAUUUGCAAGUAAACAGAGAAAUGAAAACUUAACACUGGAAGAAGAAAGAAGGAUCUUAAAAUUUAGUCUAGUACAAGCUAAAUAUCCUUCGACUAUGUUGCAAGGGUGGCUUUAAGAAGAAUUGAAUGAGCUGGGGGAGAAGAGGAGAAUGUUCCUACCGACGAGAGUCGGAAUCUGAUGUGAUCAAAUUUACAAAUUUGACUGUCGUAGCUAUGUGUUCCGCUGGUCAAAUUGGUAAAGGUGCAGUGGGCUAUACUCGGAAGAACCAGGUUCGAUUCUUGACCGGUGUACUAAUUUUUUCUUUAUCUCUUAACUUUUUCAAUUUUUCUUUGAUUUGUUUUCACUUUCGGGAUUUGGGGAUACAUUUUUUUAGUUUCGUAGAAGAAAUUAAGGAUUAUAUUUUUACAUUUCCAAAAUUGCAUAGAGAUUGUUGAUUUGUUAUUUAACUAUUUUUGUAUUUCUAUGCCACUGUUCUAAUUAAAAAUAGUUCAUUUUCCAUAUCAAUUUUAUACCAAAGCC